ACAAAUAAUUUCAAAUUGUUAUAUUCAAGGAAAGACAAACAUUUCAAUCCGGAUCUGGGUCAUUUUCAAUGUCUCACAUUACAAUAACAAAUUAAAUAUCAUUAAAUAUCAAAAGAGAUCGCAAACAUAGGGCAAAAUCAAAUCAAGCAAAAAUAGAUGGUCAUUUUAGUGUGUUACAAAAAACGCAAAAUCGCAGAAAGAAUGGUGACAUGAUGAGACGCACGCAUAAUUAUGAUUAGUAAAUGAAAAUCUAAAUUUAACUCUCGCAAAAACGACAGAAUAACAUGUCGCUUAUGAUAUCGAAGAGUGAAGAAAGCGUGAAGAACGCGUGGUUGCAAAAAAAGGGGGUAAAACGGACAAUCACGUGAGGGAAGCUUGUACAGAUGAACCUCUAGCAUGAUGGAGAAGCAUAACGGUCCAAAUAUGUAGCUCCAAAUAUUACAUGGUGAAAAAACAAAUGUCCAAAAGAAUGAACGUAAUAAAAAAUGUCCUAAAGAUAAAAGAUGAUAUAUGGGAAAGUCGGGAAAGGGUUAAAAAUAACAGGGAUUCAGAAAGAGCGAACUGACUCCGACGACAUAUCUGUGAUGACUCAAUCUUAAAAUUGACAAUUGCAAACGAACAUAUCUGUGAUGACUCAAUCUUAAAAUUGACAAUUGCAAACGAACAUUUGAUUGUCAAGGAUUGUUAAGAGGAGAAGAACAGUUGAGUCGAGAGAUAGCUGUCAAGCUAUCUGGACGCGUUUUCAUAUACGAGUCAUUAUUGCAUUAUUAAUCCGUUGUGUUAUUAAUUUGUUGUUCGUAUGUGUUCGCAUUAAAGUUCCUAUGUGUUUUCUAAAAGUGUUUAUUUAUUUAACGCGAUCCGCGACAGCCGUUCUCUUUGGUGCGCGUCUUCGCUAUAUCUCGAAGUCCUCGACUCGGAUCUAACAAUAUAUAUAUAUAUAUAUAUAAAUUAAUAUCAGUUCGCGAUUAGUACAUAAGAAUUAGUAGAGUGAAAAAAACAACUAACUAUUGAUAUAUGAUUCAACGGGAACCUAUUGAGUACAAAUAUUUACGAAAAAUGCAAAUUACGUUUGGAAUAAUUUUAUGUAUUUUAUGUAUUUUAUUGAAAGGUUUAGUACUAACAAAGGCAAUUAUCACUUUUGUACCGAAGGAUUAUACUCCUUCAAACAGUCUUCAGGAAGAAAGUGAUUCCAUAUGUCCGGAUUUAAAUUCCACGCAGGAUAUUUUAAUGUUCGAAAAAAAUGAUCAUCGAAAUUUGAAAUCUGAUCGGAGUUAUUCUGAUAGUAUGACUGUAAGAAAGAAGCGAGAAGUCAAUGUGGUUCCACUAGCAAGUAAUUCUACGAUCCUAAAAUCUAUCGAAAACAGUUUGAGCAAGCCAACAUCUCUCAGAGCAUUUGUAGAAUUCGACAGGAAAUUCGCAAAAAAAAUAAACGACAUUUUUGUGACAUUGAGAUGGAACCAACCUGAAUUUAUCGAUGAAAUAAUACAAGGGUACACAGUGCAAUGUUUUUUCAUCGAGGACUUAAAAGACAUUCAAAUCUGCGAUGAUAAAAAUAUCACAACUACAAAAUUGGAGCACACGGUGCACAAUCUAACAUCUAACAUGACAUAUUAUUUUCGAGUACGUGCACAUUCUAAAAUUGUUGCUGGUCCUUAUACGGAUUUAAUCAAUGUGUCGACUACACAUGAAAAUCCAAUACCGAAAUUAUUAGUCACAUCGAGUAAAGGUAUCUACAUAUUGGACGUGGAUUUAAACAUUACUAAUUUCGUAACGUCAGGAACAGCAAAAUGUGCCGCUUAUUCGAUACAGGAAGGUAGAAUUUAUUGGAUAACAUCAAAAGACCUAAUGACAAUGAAGAUUUAUGAAAAUAAUAUCACAAAAAUAGCUACCUUUGAUCAUUAUCUACAUAAUCUUUGCAUUGACUGGGUAGCAAGAAAUCUAUAUAUAACCUAUUACAUCAAAGUCUACUUUUAUAUUAUAAAGUUCGAUUUAACAAUGUGGGAAAAUGGCAUAAUUAAAUUUGAUGAGAUUUUCAAAUCAGAUACUUAUAUUCACCAUUUAAGUGUAUCACCGUCUAUGGGAAUUUUAUAUCACGUAUCGUAUCAUCACACUUCGAGGCAUUCAUAUAGAAUGAUAAAAUAUCAUCUCGAUGAAAAAAUUAACCUAAUUGUUCCAAUAAAAACCUUUUGUCUAUAUCGUUAUAAACCAGAUCUUUUUCGUGAUAUGAAAAUUGAUAACAUGAAUAAUGAGGGGCUGUUAAUUUGCUGGUUAAGUAAGAGUUACAUAAUUGUAACAGACGUUAACAUUUCUAUGUGCAAUGCGAUUUUACACACGAAAUAUUUAAGUGAUAUCCGUUUCCAAUCUAUAACAAUUGACAAAACAAACAUUUACAUUUUAGCAUAUAAAGUCCAUACAUAUAAUGCUAAAUAUAUCUAUGUUUUGAAAAAGAAAUAUGCAAGUCUCACGAGCAUAAAUGCAACCAAAAAUGUUGAAAAGAUAAUUUCAUAUACUAAUGAGUCUUAUCAAAUUUAUGCUAUUGAUAAAUCUUUACAACCAUAUCCUCCAAUGAGAUGUCUGACACCUCACGAAAAAGUUUACAAUUUUGAGAAUGUGAAUGCAACGGCAAACAACAUCCUUGUGACUCUUCAAAAGCCGAUUGUAAAGCGUGGAUGCAAAAAAUAUAAUUUACCAACUACUAUAUACACUAUCUCUGUAAGCUGUUUAGACAACAAUCUCAACAAGUUUGUGAAAUUCAAUGUGCAGACGUUCAAGAGAGUUUACCGGAUUUGGAACUUAACACCCUUUACAGAGUACAAGUUGAAGUUUACUUUAAGCAAUUUUUACUUUGAUCAAUUACCAAUAAAUCCAUUUGAUUCGAAUGUGAUACAAAUAAAAACUAAUUCGGGCAAGCUUAAUGCACCAGAAAACAUAAGUGUUCUAGCUUUGACGCCUACUAUAGCAGUAGUUCAUUGGAUGCCACUUAAGAAAGUGAACUGCGUGGCCGUGACCUACGAAGUACAUUGGAAGUCAGAUACAUUAGUGAACGGCAUGCAACAAAAGGGCAAACAAUUUAUUAAAAUGCCGAAACCUACGGCCGAUGGCAGAUUUUUCACAAAGAUUAACUUAUCGCUACCAGUACAAGAUUACUUGAUAUACGUGCGUGUGUAUCCUAAUAAUUUCAGCGAUUUCUAUAACGAGAGUUUAGGCAAAAUCGAUCACAUAUACUCAGAACCAAACGAUAUUACUUUGAGCAAGGUCGAAAUAAAUAGCAUAGACAUUUCAUGGAUCCCGAACAUCCAUUUGACGGUCUCUCCUACACUAGAGUACAAAGAGAAUGCAACAGAAAAGUGGCAAACAAUGAAUUAUGUUAAAAUGAAUUAUAACAAACAAAUAAUAUACCAUAUCGGAAAUUUACAAUCGAAAACUUUAUACAAGUUUCGUUUGGUAUUGAGAUAUCCUGAAUAUGAAGAAAAUUUUACAUGGCCGGCUGAUGAAAGAUUUAUGUUUUCAACACUUGAUAUUCGGAGCACUCCAGGAAUAAUAGCGAAAGAAUUUUACUUAUUACUGAUGUUAAGUUUUAUCGUCAUAGUUACUAUAAUCUGCCUCUGCUACAUUUAUUGUUUGUAUCGUCAACACAGAGAUAAUAAUGAACAAUUUUUGUCUUCAACAAUGACUGAUGUAGAAUUGGCCAUUCUACGUGAACCUUACCAAUACAGUGAAUACAAUACGAUUUACAGUCCUAUGUUACAUUAUAAGCCGGAUGAAUGUGUGAUAAAAAAAAUCGCACGUAAAGAAAUUAAAUUUACAAAACUUAUUGGUAGCGGCGCAUUCGGAAUGGUGUAUCAAGGAAAGGUGAAGAACUUAGAAGGUUCGGGCACAGAGAUAUCCGUUGCAAUAAAAACGCUUCGAAAAGAUGCUUCUUCCGAUGAGAAAAGGAAAUUGUUAAAGGAAGCCAAGCUUAUGAAUCAUUUUCAACACAAACAUAUAUUAAGAUUGUUGGGUGUUUGUUUAGAUGGGAUUUCUCCGUUUCUAGUGUUGGAAUUGAUGGAAACUGGUGAUCUGUUAAAAUAUUUGAGAGAUUGUCGAAAUUUGCAAGCGUCAGAUUCGCAUGCUCUUCGUUUACAGGAUUUGCUCGCCAUGUGCGAAGAUGUUGCGCGAGGUUGUCGCUACUUGGAAGAGUUGCGUUUCGUACAUAGGGAUCUAGCGUGUCGGAAUUGUUUAGUAUCUUCGAGAAAUCGGGAGAUUCGUGUCAUCAAAAUUGGAGAUUUUGGACUAACUAGAGAUAUCUACAAAGAUGAUUAUUAUCGCGUGAAAGGAGAAGAUUUGCUCCCUGUUCGCUGGAUGGCACCCGAAUCUUGGAUGCUCAGAAUAUUUACUUCUCAAAGCGAUGUUUGGUCAUUUGGGGUAUUAAUGUGGGAAAUUACAUCAUUGGGUGAGAGACCUUAUAUGGACAAGACUGAUAAAGAAGUGAUAAAUUAUGUACGUGUUGGAGGCAGGUUGCCGAUGACUCUUAACUGUCCGUCACCAUUGUACCAGUUGAUGCAACGUUGCUGGAGUGCAGCGGAUGCUAGACCAAAUUUCAAAUUUUGUCUGAAAAAUAUUAUAGCAUUAAGGAAGAACAUAGAAGAUACGUCACUGAGUUCAGUCGAUCCUAUUUAGUUGAUAUAAUUAAAUUAAUGUUUAUCUUCUUUUCCGAAUAAUUCGAUAAAUCUUGAUGUAGGAAAAAUAUAUAAAUGUUGUUUUUACUACGGACAUGGGAUUCUUAUUGGGUAUUUAUUUGAUUUUUCUGCUGCGGCUUUUGACCAUUAUUGUAAAUUAUCUAUGCGUCUUUGUUUUAUCAAUUUUCAUAAUUUUUGUAAAUUUUCCGUUAUAUACAUUUCUGACAUUGUAAUGCGCUAUUUGUUUACUUUAUUUUUUGUUUCCGAAACGUAUGUUUAGAUUCUGACAUUUAUUAUUGUUAUUAUUGUUAUUAGACAUUGAUAAGGAUCCGAACGAAAUCGAAACGCAGCGUUUGUCGUAUUUAAAUGUAAUUUAAAAUACAUAUACUUCAGUGUAAUUUACUAUAAUAUACUUUCAUCAUUGCUUUGGUCCUCUAAGCCUUUGAUUAAUUU